UGCAGACAGUGAAAUGUGACUUUACAUCAAUGUGUACGUGAUGGAUUGAACUCUUGUGGCUGCUGUGUUGGGUGGAGACUGAAAGUAUAAAAUGUUUGUGUCGUUUUUUUUUUUUUUUUUUAAAGCUCUCUGUGUGGGGAACAUGACAGCCAGACCAAAGCUCAGAGGUGAGAUGAGGAGAGGGAAUAAAAAAUGGGCCUGAACUUUCUGUUGUCAGCUAUUAUUGAUUUUAUCCAUCACACGAAUAACACAAACAAACAGCACUCAGAUGGAAGACAGAGAGAUUUUCACUCCUGAAACCUUUGGUUAAAUGUGGAGCCUUAUUUGGCCUCUUUCCCCUCUCACUAGCAUGUCAGAGUGAUAGAAGUGGAGGCUUUAGGUUUUGUAGUUUCAUUCAGCACCAUGGUCUUCUAUCUACCUGCAGAAGUGAGCUCGCUAUAACAACCAGAUUAAAUAUGGUCACUUGCGAUUCAACUUCCAUCUGCUCCUCAACACGUUUGCUGGAUGAUUCAGGGCUUUGGCCAACGUCUAGGACUACAUUACCGCUGCUGCUGCUGCUGCUGGCAGUAACUGCAGCCAAAAAGCUUUGACAAAGAAGCAGCACAGACCAGACUCUGCUGGACCUGGACCUGGGCCCAGCUGUGUGUCCAUGAUGAGUGACGGGUUUAUGUAUGAUCAGAGGGUGGACCAUGGUGGAGAGCACAGGUUAAAAGAAGAUCUGAAGAAGCAUUUCUGUGAACUCACACUGGACACAGACACAGCACACAGAUACCUCAAACUGUCUGAUAACAACAAGAAGGUGACAUAUGUGGAGGACAAGCAGUCAGAUCAUUGUCACCCAGACAGAUUUGACCACUGGGUUCAGCUGCUGUGCAUUAAUGGUCUGACUGGUCGCUGUUACUGGGAGGUCGAGUGGAGAGGAAGAGUUUAUAUAUCAGUGAGUUACAGAGGAAUCAGCAGGAAAGGAAAGAGUGGUGACUGUUUGUUUGGAUGGAACGAUAAGUCCUGGUGUCUGAGUUGCUCUUAUGAUGUUGGUUACUCUGUCCGUCACAAUAAGACUAAAACACCCAUCCCCUCCUCCUCUGUGUCUAAGAGAGUAGCAGUGUAUUUGGACUGUCAUGCUGGCAUUCUGUCCUUCUACAGAGUCUCCUCUGACACACUGAUCCACCUCCACACCUUCAACACCACAUUCACUGAACCUCUGUAUCCUGGGUUUGGGUUUGGGUCUGGUUCCUCAGUGUCUCUGUGUCCUCUGUCUGAGUGAGAGUCUCCUCCUGUGGAGACAAACAGUCACACUGCUGAGUGAAGACAGCUGCUGAAAUCACUGUUCACUCUGUUCAGCAGUGAACAAUAGAAACAGGAAGUGACAGCAGCUUCCUGUGUUUAAAUGUUGAUGGUGGACGAGGUUUCACUCUGGUUUCAUUUGGAUCACUGACUGUGCUUUAAUGUCAGAAUAUAGUUUCUAUUAGAAGUAGUGAAAUGAUUUCCUCUGGACUGAAUUGAUGUGUAAAAACUGUGUUGACUCUGAUAUUCACUUCAGUAAAGUUUUCUUGGAGCAGCAUCUAGCAGCUGUUAGUGGCUGUUAGUUAUUCCAUUUUAUCAGGAUCUUAAAGUGAAGUUUUUCCUGAAAAUGUCCACCAGACAUCCCAGUCUGUUUGACAUCAGCUCAGUUUGUGUUCAAUCAUUAACAUCAACGUAUGUUUCUAUGUGAUGUCAAGUGUCUGACAUGUAUGUAUAUAAUAACAUGUAUGGGCUGCUUUCCUUUAGUUUUUCUUGCCUCUGCAGGUGAUGUAAAUAUUAUCUUGUAAGUCCAUGUUUGCUGGGCAGCUUUGGUUGUUUUAUACUUCAAUAAAAAUAUUCAUUCAUAUUA